GUUAUAAUUUUAUAGUUAGUGAAUAAAACAAAUACAACAUUGAAUUUAAUAAUGAAUUGCUUGAUUCAAUUGGUGGUCAUAUCUUUGGCGUUUACUUUUGUGGUUUGCGAUCUAAAGGAUGACAUCGAGUGCGUGAAGAGUGGGGCAAAUGAUUUGAAUGGGAAGACAGACCGACAACUCUAUGACUUGACUCAAACUAAUUUGAUAACCGGUGAAGAAAUGGUACUGAAGAGGGCGGCGAUCGCCAACACUGAAGGACUUCCCUGUUAUUAUCAAUUCUACGACAAAUAC